AUCACUUUCCGGUUCUCAGCCACUCAGUUGUGAUAAUCAAGGGCUGCGGUGUUGUGGUCUUGGAACGACCACCUCAGAAUAGGAAAAUAUUUGGGAUUUUAUAUUGGAAGACAUGGAUCUUGCUGCCAAUGAACUCAGCAUUUAUGACAAACUUUCAGAGACUGUUGAUUUAGUGAGACAGACAGGCCAUCAGUGUGGCAUGUCAGAGAAGGCAAUUGAAAAGUUUAUCAGACAGCUGCUGGAAAAGAAUGAACCUCAGCGAAUUCCACCCCGGUAUCCUCUCUUUGUGGCUGUGUACAAGGUCCUCUUAACCCUGGGAUUUAUCUUGCUCACUGCCUACUUUGUGAUUCAACCUUUCAGCCCAUUACCACCUGAACCAGUGCUUUCUGGAGCUCACGCCUGGCGCUCACUCUUUCAUCACAUCCGACUGAUGUCCUUACCCAUUACCAAGAAGUAUGUGUCUGGAGAUCAGGGCGAGUCUCUGCCUAGGGGUGAUGACAGACACUUUUCAGGCGGCCUGCCAGCAUGGGAGGGACCGGUCGGUGGCAGCUGCCUCAAGGAAACACAGGUUCUUUAUGAAGGAAGGAAUCGGACUUUAAGAGACGUUUACCCGUGGUCCACAAACACCUGUGAGCAGAAUGAGUCUUACCCCAUCCUUGCCAACUGCACUGGCUGUGCCCAGAAAGUACCCCUUAAGGUGCUUCUCCUGGAAGAUACCCCAAAGAAAUUUGAGAGGUUCCAUCCUCUAGUGAUCAAGACGGGCCGGCCCUUGCUGUCUGAGAAGCUUCGACACUUCCUCUGCCAGUACCCUGAGGCCACAGAAGGCUUCACUGAAGGUUUUUUCGCCGAGUGGUGGCGCUGUUUUCCUGAGCGGUGGUUCCCGUUUCCUUACCCUUGGAGAAGGCCUCUGAACGGAUCAAAAGUUUUACCAGAGGUUUUUCCUGUUUUCACCUACCUGCCAUUUCCAAAAGAUGCCUCCUUGAAAAAGUGCUUUCUUCUUCAGCCGGAGCCUAUUUUGGGAAGUAAGAUGCAUAGGAUGCAUGACCUGUUUAUCGUGAGCAGUGGCGAGGCCAUGUUGCAGCUCAUCCCCACCGACCAGUGCCGAAUACACUGUCAGUCCAUGGCAAUGCUGCUACAACCAGGGGAUAUUGGUUAUGCCGGUGCCUCCCAGUGGAAGGUCUACAUUAUAGCCAGAGGCGCCCAGCCUGUGGUCAUCUGCGAUGGAACCACCCUUUCAGAAUUAUAGGGAUCAGAACUAUAGAGAACAUCUUUGAGAGCCGAAGACCCAAUUGAAAGGGAAAAAUAAAGAACAAAAGCCAUGAAACCACUUUCCCGGGGUUGGUCACUCCGUUCCCUGCCCUGCGCAUGCAUGUGUAAGCCAGCUGUGUGCUAGGGGCAGUGACUGGAGCCAGCUUUCCCGGUGGGUGGGUGGGUGGCUCGGUGGCUCCCCUCUCCGCGCUGCUGGCGGACUUUGUCCCCACCGAUGAGAGGCAGGCUCUUCCCACUUCCUGGCACCACUUCCUUGAGGCUGCCCCUUGGGGAGGCCCCCUGCCCACAGAGCAGGCAGCCAGCAGGUUUGCAGAGUCCGACUUCACGGGGCAGGCCUGCUUUUCCUGUCCUCUGGCCACACCAGCCUGUCCUUGUUUGCACAGCUGUCACUCCAGUUUCCCAAGCAGAGAGGGUUCUAGAGCUAGUGCAGCUAUGAUCCAAUUGCACUCACGAAGUACGCUUCUUCCCAGGUCCAUGGCUCGUGGGGUCUGUGGUGCCGAGCUGGACUCUGGUCUUUGAGAUAGUAAUUCAGAUCCCAUGGUAGCAUUUUUCUCCACUGUAUCAUAUUUUGGUUUUGUUGUCUUGGCAAAGCCUGGCAAGCUCCCCGUGGCGUAUUCGAUAUGCCAAACACAGUAACAACAAAGUCUCACAAUGGAGACGUUACUGGGCCCACUCGAGCAAACCCAUGAACAACAGGAGGAGAGUGCUACAGUGUCUUGGGGGUCUACCCCGCAUUUCUGGGGGCCACCAGAGCUACUCCCCAGCAGUGCUGCAGAGACCGUGCAAUGCCAGAGAUGGAACCCAAGACCUGUGCGUGUCAGGCAUGUGCCCUUUGAGCUAUCUCUCUAGUUUACCAGAUCCUGCAUUAGCCACCAACUCCCGUCCCUCCUCCCUUGCCUCCCUGAGUGGGUUCUCAAAAAUUGGCUCCCUGGUUCCCCCUGCCCUUUAGUGCUGAGGCUGCAGUGUGCCUGUCGGCUGUGUUGCUUUGUUGAGUGUCCUGAGACGGGUAUUGAUUAACAUGUUGGCCUGGGGAGAGGGCGCCUCCCUGGGUUUGAUCUUUGGGAUGUGACUUUCUGCGGGGAAGAUGUUUUACAGAUGUCUCAGGCUGAUGUUGUAAUGUGCUUGGGGAAGGAACGCAGCAUCCGAAGCGUCUGCCAGCAGGGCGUGUAGCUCUGACCGUCUGUUUUAAGAUGAUUUCUCUCUUUGUACUGGGAAACAAGGUGAGGAUUUUAUUUUUUGUUGUAAUAUAAAGGUCUCUAUUCUC